CUUUUGUAGUUAUACUAAACUAGCAAUUGAUAGGUAAGUUUAAGCAAUUGGUUGUAAUCGAUUAGUUAAAAGGAUUCUCCGAGUGUCAUUGAACCUGAAUUAAUGCUGAGUAAUUUACAGGGUAUCCACACUUUUAAUUGAGGCAAUAUAAAAGUCAUUAUAAAAGUGCGAUAAGCUCCACAACUCCAUAACCACAAGAGCCAUUGAUACUACAAAGUUACUAUGACAUCCACUACCAAAGACUUAGUGUAUAUAACGGGAACUAGUCAAUUGGUUCAGGUAACCAGUGACACGUCUUAUGAGUUGGUUGUUACUAAAGCCGAUGCCGAUCUGAUUGGUACGGAGAUCCCUCGGCUCCAAAGUUUACCAACUCAUUUAACUACCAAUAAAGUGGUGAUAUUAGACUCGGUCAAUUCGGGAACAGGUCGUCUGACUGACAAGAAUCUAUAUGAACAACUAAUCAAACCUUUAUUCGAUAAUGUUUUAAGGGUCAAACAUGAGUAUAUAGCUACGGUCUCGGCCGAGACAAUUACUGAGUAUGCUCAUAAAUUUGAUAAUGAUGAACCAACUACGAUCAUCUUUAUAAGUGGUGAUACUUCAGUUAAUGAGUUUAUUAAUGGAUUAGAAGAAUCUCAACACUCAUCAACUAUCACUAUAUUCCCAUUCCCCUCAGGAACAGGUAAUAGUUUGGCACUUUCAAUAGAUCUUACUGAUGAAGUGAAUGCUCUUCAGAAAUUAAUAACCUCUACUAAAGUAUCACCCCUAAACCUCUAUGAAGUGGAAUUUCCUAAGGGAUCAUAUUAUUUAGUGAGAGAUGAAAAGACUACUGAAAUUACUCAACCAUUAAAGUUUUUAGUAGUAUUAUCAUGGGCUUUCCAUGCAUCACUUGUAGCUGAUAGUGAUACUCCGGAAUUAAGAAAGUUUGGUUUAGAACGAUUUAAGAAAGCGGCAUUUGCCAAUUUAGAACAAGAACAAAAAUAUGAAGGUGAGUUCAUUAUUAAUAAUGGACAAACAACAAUUCUGGGUCCCUUUGCUUAUUGGUUAAUUACUGCUUCUAAGCGAUUUGAGCCUACGUUUGAGAUUCUGCCACAGGGAGAUAUCCUUGAGGAUAGUUUAUAUCUUGUUUCAUUCAAUACUGAAGAUAAUGGAACAUAUAUUAUGGAUAUAAUGGGGAAAGUAUAUAGUAAUGGUAGUCAUAUUAAUGACCAUAGAGUUAGUUAUAAGAAAUUACAGAAACAUGAUACUCUAACUCUUAAAGCCAGAAACUUAAUAUCUAAACAAAAGAGAAGAUUCUGUUUAGAUGGGAGUAUUAUUGAGUUACCUGCUACAGAAGAAACUGAAUUGAAAUUUUCAGUUUCCGAUAAUGUAUACAAGAAUAGGAGUAUUUAUAUAAUCAAUUAGACUAAUUCGACUAAUUUAAUAUA